CUGCCUUUCGGUGUGAGUUGCCCUUUCUCGAGAUCGAAAUACAAUCUUUUCUACUUUCUACCUGGAGAAGCCUCUGAAUUAAUUUGGGUAAGGGUCAUCGCUGUCCCACACAGCUUUCUGGUGCAUUGGCCGGGAAAAUUUCCCGCCUGGAGGGGGUUGUUCUCACUAAAAUCCUUGGGCAGGUACCCACCAGAGAUUUCUCUGGCAGUCCUUGGAUCUCAGUGGGAAGGACUUACUCUGGCUGUGUAAAGGAUCCCGAAGAGAGGAACUCAGAGAAAGUAGAAACGAAAGUGAAAGGAGCUCCAACUGUGUUAGUGAAGACCACCAAAUAAAGGAGACUGAAUUUUGGGUCACGUAAGCUGUGUACACAACCCAGAUGCCACCUUUGGGGUUCCCAGUUCACAAAUUCCAGCCUGGUGAUUGGGUGCUGAUCCGGACUUGGAAGGAAGAAAAGCUCACCCCAUCUUGGGAAGGACCUUUCCAAGUCCUGCUGACCUCGGACACAGCAGUUUGGACCAAACAACGCGGCUAGACGCACCACACAUGAGUAAAGGGACUGGUAACUCCCCCUGCUGAAUGGACAGUCAAUUCCACAGACCCAGGGGAAUUGAAGUUAUGCCUCCUGCGAAAGCCUCACACUGGUUGGAUUCAUGAGCCCUAAACCCCUACCCUUAUCACCUAGAAUUCUUAUCCUCUUAAGUGUGUUAAUUCCUCUUCUACUUGUAACCAUAUUGUUGAUUGGAAUCUUUGCUUGUGUUUCUACUUCUUUACAUAAUCAUUUUACUUGUAAUCAGAAUGUGACACCAUGGGGAUUUCCUUAAUGCUAUUUCUGAUCUGUUCUUUAACCCCCACACAACUUGCUCCUGUAUCCUGGUCAGCUUAGAAAAAUAUGUUUGAACAAUUGAUGGAAACUGUAGCUCAGAAUUUUAACUUGAAUACCUGUUGGAUUUGUGGUGGACCCCAGAGACUAUCCCAAUGGCCAUGGGUCCCUGUUCCUCUGAAACCAGAAUGGCUCCUUAGCAAUAAAUCUGUAGUAAAUAGUGAGACAGGCUUUUGGGAGGAUUGGGAGGAACAUUCCUGGUGACUUACUGAGGAAAGGAAAGGAGUAUUCUGGCUGAACCAAACAAAAGGGAAAAUUGUAUUAGGGGAAAGUCAUUGCAAAUGGACCCUUACAGGAAUUACGGGAGCAGAAACAUAUAAUUGUACUGAGGUCCAACAAGAAUGGAAUAGCAAGGGCACAAAAGACGUGACAGUCCUCCUAAAAGAUCAGAAAAAAGCUAAACUUUGGGAAAAGGCGGCUUGAUGCCAGGGGUGGAAGGAAUUCUAGAGGUCCCCUAUAUAAAUUGGGGAUGGACCAACGAAACUGGGGAAAGGGACUGCCUCUCAUAUUAUUGGGAUAAAGUGAACCGGACAGGAGAUCUCAUCACAACAAACUGUGAAUGGGAGGAGAAUGUAGCCCUGUGGAAAUGUCAGUAUAAGGAUAAGAACUUAGGAGGUGGACCUCUAGGGCCCUAUAAUAUGUACUACUACCCAGCAGUGGGGAAUCAUUCCAAAAUACAUUGGGGGUGGUCGGAGGAGUCGGCACCUAAACUGCCAGCUUCAAGAGGACACUAUUGGAUUUGUGGCCCCACUGCCUACACUCACCUCCCUUUUGAUUGGGCAGGAGUUUGUUAUAUUGGAUUAGUCCACCCCAAAUUCUUUUUCCUUCCAGGAAGAGAGGGAGGCCAUCUUGGAAUAAGAUUAUAUGAUAGCCUCAGUCAAGACCGGCCAAAAAGGUCCCUAGGCAUCUCUGUUGCCAGCACAGGCAAUGCAAAUGGGUGGGGCAAUGAAUGGCCCCCAGAAAGAAUCAUCCAAACUUAUGGACCAGCUACUUGGGCUCAAGAUGGGAGCUGGGGAUAUAGGACCCCAAUUUAUAUCCUUAACAGACUAAUUAGGCUCCAGGCAGUGGUGGAGAUCAUCACUAAUCAGACUGCAGAAGCUCUGGAUCUGUUAGCAGAUCAGGCUACCCAAACCAGAGAAGUGGUCCUCCAACACAGAUUAGUUGUAGAUUACCUCUUGGCUGAGGAAGGUAGAGUAUGUGGAAAAUUAAAUCUAUCCACAUGUUGUGUAAAAAUUGAUGAUAAUGGGGCAGUGGUAAAAGGAAUUACUAGAGAUAUUAGGAAAUUGGCUCACGUUGCAGUUCAGACUUGGUCCUCUCCCUUUAAUACCUCGUGGUGGUCUUGGUUUGGAAGUAGUUGGUGGAAACAAAUCUUAUGGUUCCUCCUGAUUUCUAUCAGUGGAGUUAUUCUUCUUCCCAUAUGUCUCCCAUGUAUGAUGCAGUUAAUCACUAAAUUAGUACAGGAUGCAUUGUCUAAGAUGAUUAGAUUAGAAAAGAAAGCCAAAGGGUCAGUUUGACUAAUUAUCCUAAGAAAGUAGGGAUGGACCCCAGUAGAGCAGGAAGAUAGGACUGGGCCGGAAGGAUCAGAAAUAAGUGAUGAAAUAGUGGAGAAAAUGUACCAAAACUGGUGUGAGAGGUCUUCAGUGAACAAAUAAGAGGAGAGAUUGAGUGAGAUUGGUAAAGACCCCUCAUAAAAUUUAAACUUAAAUGAGUAAAAUAAAGUAAAGACCCCUAAUAAUAAUAUAUGUGUAUAUGUGUGCCCAGGUCAGGAAGCUUAUAAAUAGCCCAGAUGGAUAUGUUCAAAUUGUUGCAAAAAUAAUCACCACCACAAAUUAUUCCAGGAUCUGAAAUGAACAAAAACAGGAUGUAUUAAGAGGAUACUUGAAGGAGUGGGAGGCAGGUACAACCUAUGUAACAAUUCUGUAAUUUCCACUGCUGUUGCUGUGGUAGUUUUUUUUUUCGUGUUUAGAUUGUGCCCUCUGAAGCCCAGCCAAUGGGAUAAGAGGUAGGGGCUAAGGAGGAAUUGCAGUUAGAACCUAUCAAAAUGUUUGUUUGGCUGACACCACCUGCAGCCUUGCAUUGAACUGCCUUUCGGUGUGAGUUGCCCUUUCUCGAGAUCAAAAUACAAUCUUUUCUACUUUCUA